AUGGAUGAAAGCUCUGGACCUCCUCCACUCAUUAUUAUACCCCCCACCCGCAGCCCCAGUGUCUCACAAAGAUCGCUGGUGUCUCUUUCUCCCGACGUCCUGCGCGCGCUAAAUCGAGAUGGCCAACCUCCUGAGUGUCAAAUUGGCUCCAGCGAAUCUGCGACUUUGGUGUCCGGCGCGUCUACCAACCCAAAUGUUGCCUUCCUUGAAGGCUUGGACCAGUGGAUGGGGCUCUGCGACAGCUCUCUACAUAUGCUGAAAGAGAGCUUGUUCCUGCCGGCAUAUACUUUCAGAGAGAAGCUGCGUUCAGACAAGGUGUUCCCUCUUGGCUCGGUGAUAACUGACUACGCAGAGUCCUUGUCCACCAGCUCAAAGAUGUUGAAGCGUUUCACAGAAGAUCACAGAGCUCACGCUGACAAAAUAAGCUCUCUGAUGCACAGCAUGGACUUGCCCAAUGCUGGGAGUUCGAAAGGGUUGGAGACCCAGGAAAUAGUACUAGGACUUGAGAAGUUUGUACUGUUUCUUCGUUCAAUCGAGAACGCGUCGGCAUGGAGGAGCGAUAUUCCUACAAUAAUCCUACACGCUUUUGAGGACACCAUCAAUGGUCCCAGCUCUGGUCGAUUAACACAAGUUGAACGCUAUGCAAUGCGGCCAUGGUCUCUCCUGAUACGCACUAUCCUACGGCAAGCUCCUGAAUCAGCUGCGGGUCUCUCUCGACCUUUCGGAGGCAGGCAAUUCUACCUGCUGUGGUCAUAUUGCAAAGUUGAAGCAGGAAAUAAAUCCUGGACUAUCAACAUGGAACAGCCUGGAGUGGAGCAUGCCAUAACAACCGCGUUUCAUUCGGAGCCAUUUCAACAACCUCGAGUCGAUGUCUUCUUUGGAUACUCCUCCACAUCUGACUUCAGCCAACCCACGUUCCCUAUGGAUGAGCCGGAAUUCGAGAAAGCCGUUUACUCAGAGAUGAGAUCAAAAAUGCGCACGAACUUCGAGGGUCAGCGCUACAUCUCCAAAGGCGACCUGCUGCCCUUCUGUGAGGCAGGCUUUGUGAGAAUGAGCUUUCAGAUGUUUGACACCAGCGGAAAGCUUGCUAGCAUUGCUGAAAGAAUCGCGGCUGAAGCACCACGCCUACACGCAGCAUGUCGCUAUUCUCGCCUGUCUAUGACAUUUCUUAUGGCUCUUCUGGAAGCUGGCUUCCACGAUUUGAAUAUCCCGCCACAGGGGACUUUGGACCACCCUGCUGACUUUCGUAAUUGCCGAGCUCGGGACUAUUAUGAGUUAAUGGCAAGCCUUGCCUCAUUCUUCCCCCUCAGUCUCGGUUCCAGCCGUGCCUUUUGGGAUCUGAGCCGUGGAUCAAUUAUUCCUAUUCAGUUCGACUGGCGGGACGAUGUUAUUGGUCGGGGAGCGUUCAGCGAAGUCUACAAAGUCCUCGUGGACCCUACGCUGCAUACGCUAUGUGCGGCUGUCAACGAACCCUUCGCACUCAAGGUUUUCUCUGGUUUUGUGGAUGCAGUUUCCGAGGCCUUCUCCAGGGAGCAAAUGAUGUUGCGCCAUUUCCAGGAUCGGCCACAUGCACAUUUACUGACGCAUCUUGGAAGCUGGACUCAAGAGAACAGAUACUAUAUUCUGUACCCACUGGCAGCGGGAAACUUGCGAGCCAUGAUCAACGGGCCUCAACCUGACCGUAGCGACGACUUUGUACUGUGGCUCUUAGAUCAGCUCAUUGGAUUAGCUGAUGCUAUUGGGCAUAUUCACCGCUUUGUACCUGGUGGAUCUGACAAAAGGCAGAACUCCCAACUCAUUGGAGUUCACCACGACAUCAAGCCCGAAAACAUACUGGUGUUCGGCAAUGACCGCAACCGUGGUACGUUAAAACUGUCUGAUUUUGGAACAGGGCGGAUAAGCCAUUGGCGUGGGCAAUCCGGAGAUGCGCAUGCCAGCGCUUACACUACAGCAUAUUCUCAAGGGGAGGGCACGCUGACGUACAUGGCCCCCGAGGCGAAGACCCAGGGGCGUGUCUCAAGGCCGUUCGAUAUCUGGGCUGUCGGAUGUGUGAUUCUCGAGAUUCUGGUGUGGGUCCUGAUGAGUGACCGGAUCUCGAAUUCUGAAUUCUCAGAAUCAAGACUCGCAGAUGUGGCCCUCAAAUUUGAUAGUACAGAUGCAUUCUGGCUCGAAGUGGACGGGCUUGUUACUCUACGGCCAUCUGUUCAGAGGGUUAUGGUUGGAUUGAGACGGGAGUGCCAUGAUAAGUGGUCAUGGGAAUUAUUCAAUUGCGUGGAACGUCUGCUGAACCCGGAUCCCAAAUCCCGUCCGCAAGCACGACAAGUGGUUACGGUGCUACAACACGUCAAAGAUAUGUACAUCCAUGGCAGCGAAGCAUUGGAAAGCCACAGCAGUUCCAGCUCCAGUCAUUCUGCGGCGGAGGAGUUCUCGGAGACGCCGGCCGAUGCUAAGAUUACAGGAGAUAUUCGUCAUGAGCCGGCCCUGGAUAAGGAGCCAUUGUACUCAACAAGGGCCAGAGAGGGCUUUGGGAAGCCCGUGGAGAAAUUACAAGAUCACACCGACGAGAGAGUAAGGAGAUUGGCGGAGCAGCAAUUGAAUCAACGAAGAGAAAGAUAUGAAAGGGACAUGAAGAUAGCAGAGAAAGAUUUCAAGACGAAAUUAGAGAGCUCGGAACAACUUAAGAAGGCAACGAAGAGCGCAAGAGAACAAGGUGAGAAAGAAUUGAAACAAAUGCGGGAGGAGAUGGAGAAGACGAGCGAAGCUCCGAAGCUGACCGCGUUCCUCUCUGGCUCAAGCAAGGCCCGAUCGCUGAGGCGCCUUUUGGCGCGAUUAGUCGGUCGACCUCGCACGAAGGCUCCGGAAAGCAUGGGGAAUAGAGGCCAAAGCAGACCGAUGUUUGUUUCGACCGAGAAUCCUCAAGUAAGGGACGAGCAGAACCUUUCAACUGCAGAAGGCGCUUCAGAGGCCAUGAUCACCGUCGGGAUGCAGCAUCGUGGCACCCAGACCUCGCGCGCCGCGCUUGAUCUACUCUCAAACAGAAGUCGCCGUACUGUGCAGCACAGUCGCCGGGGAGCGCGAAGAGCAAGUCAGCGCAACAGCUGGAGAGACAGACGCGUAGCUCAUGUGAGUGGUGAUAGCGCGCCGGUUGAUAAAGUCCUUGCUCGAGCGAUUCCGUUUAGUUACAAUGACGCGCCACUCGCAGCUAACGUGUCCACGAACGCUACGCCCCACGCUAUAUCAGAGAUGCCUUUUGGUACCUCAGGCUCUGGCGCGCAUGUUGGUGAAGUUGACCUGGGAAGGCUUCCGCAGAUCCGCAAAAUCCUUCAAGACCCUGAGGGACACCAGCGUGAACUCCAGCGAGAAGAAACCGCCUUAUAUUUGAGGUUAGAGGUCCUUGGCAUAUUUCAGGAUGAUUAUGCAGAUUUCGAAGCUGUGCAAUCCUUGUUCAAGAACGUGUCGCCUGCUGACAAGGAACCAGCCAUGGUUGGUAUAGCCUUCAGCCAAGUCAGCACCAUUGCCGAAAUAGUUUGCAGCGCUCUUUUGGGGCUCAAGGACGCUGCAGAUGAUGAGAUAUCGUACAGUAUCAUUGUGCAGGACAUGUUUCGCUCCGGGGGUUGCAAUGUCGUCUCCUUAUCAUUGGAGUCGCUCGAGGCAACUCGACGUCCGGCACGCCGCGAAGAGUUCUUUCUCACUCCAGCGAAAGGACUUCUAGUACCAAAAGCCGGUUGA